GACUUUGCGCAAGUCGUUACGGUUAUGUGCUGUAAAAGUGAAGCCGAAUGAAAUGGAGAAUAAGAUCUUUAGCUUCGGUUGUCUUCGUGGUGUGCGAACAAAGAAUGACCAUUACAUAUAUAUUCAUAAAACCGAAUAUGGACCAUUCGGAUAAAUGAGCUCGUGUUUCUGCAGCCGUCUCCUGUUAUUCAUCGACGUGCUUGUGGUUGGAAGAAUCCGAAAACUCCACCUCGAUGUCUAAAAUGGCAGCGGGGGUUGCAGUGUUUCAGAUGCAGCAGAAGGCAGCUCCACAUCUCCUUCCGCCAGAGAUGCAGGAAAAAGACCCUCCUCAUAUGACGUCAUCGGGUCUCGCCGAGUCAAAUCAUAGGCGAGAAAACCUCCGAGGACGGAAACAAGCCGAGCAGCCAGCCGGCUCUUAUCCUUCAUGUCGGGUCGUUUUUCAAUUACAUACAGUUUCUCUUUUAAAACCCGGUGCUAAACAAAGGAGAUGAGGGGACUCCUGUCGUUUUACCGGGGCCUGUGCUCUCCGAGUAACCGUCAAGCCAGACGCAAAGCUGGGAUUGUCGGUUCUCGGUGCGGGUUUUGCGGAACUCAGUCAAACAGCAAGCCACAGCCAAGAUUUGGGCUGUUGUUUGACAUAGAUGGCGUGCUGGUUCGGGGAAGGAUGCCAAUCCCUGCUGCAAAAAAGGCAUUCGAGAAGUUAGUCGACUCUCAGGGAAAAUUUGUGGUGCCAGUUGUCUUUGUCACAAAUGCAGGGAACUGCCUGCGACAAACAAAAGCAGACCAGCUAUCUCACAUCCUGGGAGUAGCUAUUACCCAAGAUCAGGUCGUCGUGUCUCACAGUCCCUUGAGGAUGUUUACAAAGUUUCAUGACAAGUGUGUGCUGGUGUCGGGACAGGGGCCGGUCCUGGAAAUUGCAAAAAAUCUGGGCUUUAAUAAUGUUGUCAGUGUUGAUAUGCUGAGGGAAUCAUUCCCAUUGAUGGACAUGGUGGAUCACAACAGGAGACCCAAACUGCCGUCCAAUCCUGUUGUCAACCUUCCCAUGGUUGAAGCUGUGAUUCUGUUUGGGGAGCCGAUUCGAUGGGAGACACACCUGCAGCUGAUAAUUGACAUUUUAUUGACCAAAGGUAACCUCAGCAAUGUUCACCAAUCCCAACAGAUGCCUCACCUCCCCCUGCUGGCCUGCAACAUGGACCUCAUGUGGAUGGCUGAGGCACAUUCUCCCCGGUUUGGCCAUGGGACAUUUCUUGUGUGCCUGGAGAACAUUUAUAAGAAGAUAACCGGCAAAGACCUGAAGUACGAGGCGCUCAUGGGAAAACCCAGUGAGUUGACAUACCACUUUGCAGAGUACCUCAUCAGAAGCCAGGCCAUGGAGAGGCAAUGGAAACUCCCCGUCACUUCACUUUAUGCUAUAGGGGAUAACCUAAUGACUGACAUCUAUGGCGCCAACCUAUACAACCGCUACCUGGACGAGAGAGUUGCUAGGAAGAACGCUAAAGCCGUUGCUAAGAUGGUCUCCGCAACAGGGUCCACCACCGCUCUGCCCCAGGUGGAGGAGAGCCACAAUCAUUGGGAGAGCGAGCUGGCGUUGCCCUCUGCCACUUCCUGUAAGUCUGUCCUGGUCUGCACGGGGGUCUACAACCCCAACGAAGAGGUCCCGCCUGAUGCCAGCCACUGCAUCAAAGAGACUGUGUUCCACGGGCACCGGGACUUCAGGUUCGACCCCGCGCUGGUGGAGCCAGACUGGAUCGUGCAUGAUGUGGCGGACGCUGUUGAACGCAUCUUUGAUCUGGAGAAGUUUGUGCCUCAGUAG